CUUUUACGCAGACAGUUGACGUUUCGGCUCUGCAUGUUCUCCUUACUACCUAUUAAUGUAUGAUGAAGGUAUGGCAACUGCUUGAGAGUGGAAGAUUUGAAUAUUUUCGUAAGAAAUGAAAGUGGCUUUACUCUUUUUUUGCUCUCUCAUAAUUUCAAUCGUCCGCUGAAUCCACCAUGAAUUCAUUGAAAUCUUUAACGCUGUUGUCGCUCGCCACUGGACUGGCUCAGGCACACAGUCAUAACAGCGGUGCGCAAAAACCAUUAGCAUCAUCAAGCGAUUAUAUUUGCCAACAUCCAGCAUAUCAGAGCCAUAUAGUAUCCAAGUCACCGUUGGUCAUAUAUCUAGCGAAUUUCAUCACAGCUGAAGAACAAGCGCAUCUCCAGGAGAUAACCAAAGACACCUUCUCCCACUCCGCUGUCGCCGAUGCAUCCGGCGCCCAAGGUCUAAGGCAGACGCGGACAUCGCAGUCGACUAACGUGCCGCGCGACGCCGUGGUCCGAUGCAUCGAGGAGCGGGCACUAUUAUUUCAGGGCUUUGACGUGCCACGGACGCACCUCGAGCCCCUGCAGCUGGUUAAGUACGGCCAGGGAGAGCGUUACCAUUUCCACACGGAUUGGUACACGAACGCAGCGCAUGCGACCUCCGCGUUGGGCGGCAACCGGCUGAGCUCCUUCUUCGCAUACGUCGCCGCCUCGGAAGACAUCACGGGAGGCGGAACUAAUUUCCCCAUGGUGUCUGCGCCCCACGACGAGCGCUGGUGCGAAUUCGUCGACUGCGAUGAGCCGUGGGAGAAUGGGGUUACGUUCCGCCCUGUCGUCGGCAACGCGGUCUUCUGGCAGAACUUGCACGAAGAUGGCACGGGGGAUCAGGCGACAUUGCAUGCUGGUCUACCAGUUACUAGUGGUUCUAAGAUAGGGAUGAAUAUUUGGACGAGGCAAGGUCCACUGAGCGAGGAUAUUCGAGGGCUGGAUGUCUAAUAUAAGUGCGACCAAAUUAUAACGAAUGCUUCUCAAUUUUUAAGCACGACUUACACGUGCGAGAUCUUAAUGAUAUAGCUAUCUUAUAGUAUAUAGCAUAUUUACCUAGGUAGGUAUGGUAUAAUGAGGCGGUAUGAAAUUCCGGGUUCAUUGCCUAUCCCUUGCACUGCCCUCGUUCUAGAGCGGUAUAUGGCGGC